AUGUCUGAUAGCCGCAGAGUUUUGUUUCAUAUUUUGAUAUUUUCGAUAUCAAUAUCAUGCACGUGUACAUACGAAAGUUAUUGGAGGCCAUUUGACUACACUGGACCUGUUACAUUAAAUUAUUAUAGAUUAAUACCAACUUCUGGUUUAGGCCGAUGUGCAAGAACUUGUUCAUCUCUCUACAACUCGGAUCAGAUUUAUUAUCAAGGAGGGGAUUGUUAUUGUUUAGCACCGGUUUAUGAAGAAUCCAGCCUGGUUUCUGGAACGGUUACGACCAAUAGAGAAUUUUGGACGAUUCGUCAAGAUGUCAGCUAUUGUACCGAGAGGGGAUACACGAUAUUUUCAGACCAGAGAUAUUGUUUGAAAUAUUUUUCACGAAAUGCAACUUGGUAUCACGCUGAAUCAACUUGUCGACAAGAUGGUGGUCAUUUAGUUUCACUUUAUACUCAACAAGAUUUAACUAAUUUGAGAUCACUGUAUACAGAUGACACAAUAGUAUUUAUUGGAGGCCACAGAACAUUGGAUGGUACUAAAUUGGAUUGGAUAACUGGUGGAACUGUACACAAAUCGUUUUGGGGUCGUGGUGAACCAAACAAUUCCGGUCGUGGAGAACGGUGUGUAGUCGUACGAGAAAAAGGAGAAUUAAAUGAUAGCUUAUGCCGACUACGUCAUCACUUUAUUUGCCAAAUAUUAGAAUUGUUCCGAUUAUCACUAUAA